UCUCCAUCUCGCACAUUAGAAAGAUCAUCGCGAGGAAGAUAUAGCUAGCAGCAUGGGGCGUCGGAGCAAUCUAGCGACGUGGCUCCUCGCCUUGGUCGUGCUAGCCCUAGCCCUUUUCGCCCGGCCGUGUGCCGCCGCACAGAUCAAGACCACCGACACGCGCUGGAGCUUCCAGCUUCCUUUACCAAGCGGCCUCCGCGGCGCCGAGAGCCUCGCCUUCGACGGCAAGGGCGAGGGGCCCUACGCCGGUGUCUCGGACGGCCGCGUCCUCAAGUGGGGCGGCACAACCGUCGGCUGGACUACGUUCGCGCACAGCGUAAACUACCGCAAGAUACCCCUGUGCACGGCGGGAGUGGUGCCGUCGGAGGAGAUCGAGAGCAUGUGCGGCCGCCCGCUGGGCCUCCAGUUCCACACCAAGACCGGCGACCUCUACAUCGCCGACGCCUACCUGGGGCUCAUGAGGGUCGGUCCGGGCGGCGGCGAGGCCGAGGUGCUCGCGACCGGCGCGGGCGGCGCCCCGUUCCACUUCAUCAACGGUCUCGACGUCGACCAGUCCACCGGAGACGUCUACUUCACCGACUCCAGCGCGACGUAUCCCAGGAGGUUUAUGUCGCGCUCCGGCUUUAGUCCCACAUCGGCUGGCUAGCCAAGGGGCUGUGGGCAGCUUAAAAGGGAGAGUCUCCCUCCUCCCAUCAGCCUGGCUUUUGGGAUGUGAGUGGUGGGCUCUCUUGGCUGGGCCGGCCCACGAGCGCAUGAACGCCCGAAGCUGUCGAGUGUGAGCUGGACCGGGGGUUGGACGCUGACAUCUGGUAUCAGAGCCCGGUUUGGCCCAUGCCUUGGGGGGCUUCCCAAGGGGGUGGGGGAUGUCAGGGACUGGUAGUCAGCGCUCCGGCUUUAGUCCCACAUCGGCUGGCCAAGGGGGCGGCCAAGGGCGUCACGCUGAGCGACGUGGCGGAGAUGAAGGGGAAGCUCUGGUUAGGCUCCGUGGAGCUCGAGUAUGUCGGCCUCGUUGCAUGAGCUGCUGCGUCUGCGUACCAGCAUUAGCUAUGAUGUUAAUUAGAAACUUAGGAUUAUUGCGUGAGUAAAUUUAGGAACUUAGGAUUAGGAAUUGCAUUAGUAAAUUUAGGAACUUAGGAUUAGGAAUUGCAUGAUAAUUUCAAACAUUAAGAACUAAUCUGAAGAUUUUUU